GUGUCAACGUGAUGCUGGGGAGAGUCCGUAGUUAUAUCGAUAGGAUUAAAAGUGGUUUACAUAGGCAUUUUGACUAUGUAAAGUACAAAGUGACAACAAUUUUAUACAUAUUUACCGUUUUCGUUGUCAUAUUAUGGCUCGCAAUCUUUAUGUAUGGUACUUUCUAUUACACCUACGUGCCAGCAUUUUCUCGGGUCGAACCUGUGCAUCUUGAGUUUAGUGUAUGUGAUGAUGGCGUUGGGAUGUGUUCCUAUCCGACUGCCAAUCUGUCAUUGCUAAAGGAAGGAGAGGAUGAGGUGUUUGCCAGAGGACAGACAUACAGCAUACUCCUGAAAAUAGAGCUGCCAGAAUCGCCACAGAAUCAAAAUCUAGGAAUGUUUAUGGUAAAGUUGGAUUUAUAUAAUCAUGCAGGAAAGACAGUCACCUCCGUCUCCAGAUUUGCAAUUUUGCACUUUAGGUCAAUGCUUCUGCGCAUCAUGGACACCUUUUUUUUCUGUCCUUUUCUCUUGUUUGGCUGGAUGGAACAACGACAGUCUCUGGUAGUGGAGUUUUUCUCAAAGUACCAUGAUGAUUCGUACAAUCCAGCUAUCGGCGCAGUGAUUCAGAUUAUGAAUAAGAAGAUUGAUUUAUACUCAACAAAACUUUUCAUCCAAGCUCACUUCACGGGUUACCGGUAG